AUCUAUGAAAAUGAUUUUGCCCAAAGCUCAGAUCCUUAACUUUAUUAUGACAACGAUCUAAUUGUCUAUUUUUGCUCAUCCUACAUAAAAUCUGGUCGUGCAGCUUAGCAUUGGCUAUUGUUGGGCUUCUUCAAACAAGUUCAAUAAGUUAUGUUUAGCCCAAUAUGAUGCUAAACUCAAGUCUAAACUGUCACCAGCAAAGGCCCACUCCUAGCUCCAAACCCAGUUCAUUUUAAGUGUUCAACCUCGAUACACGUGAACGGUUGACUUGAUAUACUUCCUUUGAUCCAAUACGCUAAUAAAUUGGAUCAUGCAUUCUUUGACUUCCCAAAGCUUCAGUCUUCAGUGAGACGGUGACCAAUAAAAGCUUCAAAAAUAAUACUACUGCUAACUUUCAAAACUUCCAUUGACAGAAAACCCCUCCGAAUGACUCUUAAUUUUUAAACAACACGUACUAUGACAGUUUCAACUUCACUUUCAUGAGCUCUCCAACUAACAUCCAUUUUUUCCUUUGCCUGACACACCCUUUGCUUAAACCCUAAGGGUCUUUCACGAAUCUCCACAUUGCAUUACUUCAAAACUAAAAAAUAUGAAGAAAACUUACAAGCCUCUUUUUCUCAUUCUGAUCCCUCUUUCCAUCUCUGAAUCUUGAAAUGUCCAACAGUAAAGAAUCUAUGCUUAUAGCUGUCGUAGCGAUCUCUUUGUUGUUUGGAUCAUUGAACGUGCAUUCUCUACCAUGUGAAGACAGCAGAUGCAAAACUGGGUCAUGCAACAGAACUGGUGCUUGCAUUUGCAAUCUUCCGGAUCCAUCGACCAUCUUGGAUGGUGAUCGUCCUUUCCUUGGGGGAGAAUUCUGUGACACAAAAAUGACAAUGUGCGACGGGACUAAUUCGUUUUGGUGUGAAAAUGGUGGGAUCUGUGAGGAGAUUGUUCAAGGUGAGGACUACUCCUGCAAAUGUCCUCCAGGAUAUACUGGAGAGCGUUGCGAGCACCCAGGAGCUCCUUGUGGUAGGAUAUUCUGUUUUCAUGAAGCUGAAUGCCUGGCCCAAAGUGACGUAUGCCAAUGUCCUCCUAACUGGCAAGGAAGUGUUGAUUGCUCUCUCCCAACAAAGAACACAACAGAUUCCUCUAUGGAUUCCAUUACAUCUCAAUUGCCUCAUUGGAGAAGCAGUAAUAGUAGUACAAAUUGGAUUGUGGUGGUCGUGGCCAUUUCAUUCUCAAUAGGAGCAGUAGCAGGUGGUGCUAUAUAUGCCAAGAAAUUGUUUGGUAAGAAGGAAACCGCUCCAAAAUUUCAGCAGCUAUCACGAAUGAAAAGUCUUGGGAUUUUGGAUGAUGAUGACGAGGGUGAUACCAUGGUUCCAGAAAUGAGUCGUAAUGGUAAUCAGCGGCUUUAAUUGACAAAGCACUAGCCAUCUUAGAAAAGAUCUGGUCGUUUCAGUGUGAGGCAUUAUGUAGUUCAUGAGUUGUAAUUCACAGUUCACGGUACCAAUAGAAACUUUAUCUUUCCUGUUUGAUCUAUACCAAU